GCAGACGGCAGACGGCAGAGUGAACCGUCAAGAAUCAAGAUGAGCGAGCCUGACGACCUCGAUCUCGUCCUCUCCCAGCAGCGGUGCGAGCUAAUGGCUGCGACCUUCGCCGAGUCCGACCUUGAUCUCGCCUUCCGCCUCCAGAUGGAGGAAGCGAUGGCAGCCUCCCUCGCUGGUCCCCCAUCCAACGGCCUUUCUUCCUCUACUGCCGCCACUGCAGCCGCUUCCUCCUCUUCCUUUCCGCCUAUCGUCGCCGAUUCCGACCGAGGAGGCUUCUCUGACGCUAUCAUGUUCCAGUACCUCGAGGUCGAACGCUUGCAGGACGAGGUGAGGGACUUCGAGCGGUCCCGAGCCGUGGCUCGCCGCAUGACCGAUGACAUCCGCCGCCGCGCCCACGACGAGCGCGUCGCUCGCGAUAUCGACGAGAUGCCAGAGGACGAGUGGGAGGAGUUUGGAGACCAUUUCGAGCGGCCUAUUGAGAACGUUCAGGCCGUCGAGGAGCCUACCUUUCGCCUCUACUUCAAGGGCAUGGUCAGCGAGCACUUAUCGAAUGGCCGUUUGGUCCAUCUCGCCGCCAUCGCAGCAGCCGUUUGCGAUCCUAGCGGAAAUCUGUUGCUCAAAAUCCAGAAGCCUGUGCCGAUCAAGGACGUUGGCACCUGCCGCGAGGUAGUGGAAACGGCGGCGCUGAUCGAGGGGCUGAAUGCGGUUAUCUCGUUAGGCAUCAAGAACAUAUCCGUGUUCUGCGACUACAAGGUUCUUUACAAUCACGUUAGAGGUAUAUGGGUCCCUAAAAGGACAAAAGUUGCCCAAGUGGUUAAUCAGGUCAAGCAGCUGCGGAUAAAUUUCAAAAAAUUUACAAUAUCUUUUUUGCCAAGAUGGUCUGUCAAAUUUGUGUUUACAUUUGCAAGGGAUGCUAUAAACUCUCAGCUGUCAAAGGAUGUUGUUGAUGCAGUUGACCCAAAAUUUUCAAGGGAGACUUGCAUCAUAUGUUUGGAAGUUACAAAUUCUUCAGAUAUGUUGAUUGUCGAUAACUGUUUACACCGGUUUUGCUUUUCCUGUAUGAAACAGCACGUUGAAGCUAAAUUGCAUCAUGGAAUACUCCCAGGCUGUCCACAUGAUGGCUGCAAAGUUAUCCUUGAUUUAGAAUCUGGUAGGAAGUAUUUACCACCCAAACUACUUGAACUUUUGAGCCAGCGCCUAAAGGAGGCAUCAAUUCCUGAUGAGCAGAAAGUUUACUGUCCAUACCCCAGGUGCUCAGCUCUCAUGUCGGCAAGUGAUGUUAAGUUUCCUAGACUGGAGGAGUUAAGCAAAUCUUCCGAUAAGUCUGUUGUUGAUUAUUUAAGAAAAUGUAUCAAAUGCAACGGCUCAUUUUGCAUCAAUUGUAAGGUUCCUUGGCACGAGAAACUAACAUGUUAUCAGUUUAAGAUGUUAUCUCCGACAAUCCUUCCUGAAGAAGCAAGGUUACAGGCCCUUGCAAAACAAAAGUUAUGGCGCCAAUGCGUUAAGUGCAACCACAUGAUUGAACUCUCAGAAGGCUGUUUCCAUAUGACUUGCAGGUGUGGCUAUGAAUUUUGCUACACUUGCGGUGUCGAAUGGGUGGACAAGAAACAGGCAUGUAAUUGCCCUUUAUUCGAGUAUGAAACUGAAGAUGAAUCAGAAAUCUAUGAAGAGGACGAGGAUUACAGUGAUGAAGACAGCUACUACGAUUCUAAUUAUGGUGACUACGGGGAGGCGACUGUGGAUUUUUUUAUGCACUUAACAUAACAAUGUCGUCACCUCAGCCCCUGUUGCAUCAGUUUCAUUACCUCUUUCAUCUGUUUAAAGUCUUAAUUUACACACUACUUUGGGGAUUUGCACUCCAAGACUCAUGAACUGCGUAGGCAUGUGAAUAUGGUAAGGUAGCAAACUGCUUUCGAUAAAAUGUGCAUUUUGCUUCGUUAGCUGCUACUUUGUGUUCUCAGACUUAUAUCGUCAUGUGUUCCACAAUUUCUUCUCAUCUAUAAAAGAUUCGCAGGAUUGAAGCAAUUUGCUAA